AUGAGAACCAUAUUGAACGCACAAUUAAGCAAUAAUCACAAAAUCACUGUUAAAGACGAUGAAGGUAACUUUAAGAGAAGCUUGAUAACCGAUGUUUCGGGUUUACUUAGCUUGUAUGAGGCUUCACACUUGAGUUAUGUUGGAGAAGGCAUACUAGAUGAAGCACUUGCUUUCACAACCACUCACCUUAAGGCUAUUGUGGCAAAUAAUAAAGAUCAUCCAUUAUCACAUCAAAUAUCCAUAGCGUUGCAUAGGCCUCUAAGAAAGACCAUAGAGAGGCUUCAUGCUAGGUUUUACAUCUCAAUCUAUGAAAAGGAUGCCUCUCAUAACAAAGUAUUGCUAGAGCUUGCAAAGUUAGACUUCAAUCUACUUCAAUGUUUCCACAAAAAGGAACUUAGUGAAAUUAUGAGGUGGUGGAAAGAACAUGACUUUGCAAACAAAUUCCCUUUUGCAAGGGAUAGAAUGGUGGAAUUGUAUUUUUGGAUAUUGGGUGUAUAUUUUGAGCUGAAAUACUCUCGAGCAAGAAAACUUUUAGCCAAAGUCAUUGCCUUCGCCUCAAUCAUUGAUGAUAUUUAUGAUGCAUAUGGUACAAUUGAUGAGCUUGAGCUUCUUACCAAAGCAAUUGAAAGGUGGGAUAUAAGCUGUAUAGAUAAACUUGAGCCAGAAUAUGUGAAAACAUAUUAUAAGGCAAUGUUGGAAUCUUAUGAAGAGUUUGAAAAAGUAGAGCUUAAAAAUGAAGAAUUAUACAAACUUCAAUAUGCAAAACAAGAGAUGAAAAGAUUGAUUGAAUCUCAUUUUGAAGAAGCUAAAUGGUUGAACCAAAGAUAUUUCCCAAGCUUUGAUGAGCAUAUGAGAGUAUCCUAUGUUUCUUGUGGUAACACAAUGUUGAUAUCCACAAGUUUUGUUGGAAUGGAUAAUGAUAUUGUAACAAAUCAAACUCUUCAAUGGCUUUCCAAUGACCCUAAAAUUGUGAAAGCUUCCACUCUCCUUUCCAGAUUCAUGGAUGAUAUAGGUUCUCGAAAGUUUGAACAAGAAAGAAAUCACAUACCAUCAUCAGUGGAAUGUUACAUUAAGCAAUACGAGGUAUCAGAAGAAGAUGCACUUGAAGAACUCAAUAAAAGAGUUGAAAAUCAUUGGAAAGAAAUCAAUGAAGAUUUUAUUAGGCCAACUAUUGUGCCUUUUCCUAUCUUAGUUCGCGUUCUUAAUUUUACAAGGGUAAUGGAUCUUAUCUACAAAGAGGGUGAUGAUCAAUAUACAAAUGUUGGAAAAGUGAUGAAAGAAAGCAUUUCUGCUUUGCUUAUAGAUCCAAUCCCAUUAUAAAUUAAUUAAUAUAUA